AUGUCCAAAUCCGGGGAGUCUAUUGGGGAUGGAGCGGCCCUCCAGAACGCGCUCCACGGGCCAGACACACCCAAACGACGCAAGACCGCCAGGACGGCCCUGGCCUGCUCCCACUGCAGACGCCGCAAAAUCAGAUGCUCCGGCCAGUGGCCUGCCUGCUCGGCCUGCAUUAACCGGGGCCAGGAAUGCGUGUACCCAGGCAACCUCCCCCGCCCGGAGCUGGGGACGGCCUCGGACGGAACGCCUGUCGAUGUUCACGGCGCGGGUGGCAGCAACAACACCACGAUUCCGCAUGGGCGUGCCAAACCUCCGAGGGAUCUGCGGCGCGCGGCCAUUGCCCAUUUCCGAACACACUACGCUACUACGCUUCUAAACCUCUUCCCGCCUCAGCAGCUCAUUGACGAUGAUGCUGGAGACGAUUUCCCCUUGCCACUGCUCCUGUGCAUCAUUGUUCUUGCUUCGAGAUCAAUCCAGAGUUCGGCGCAGGGAGAGAUCGCCUCGAGGAAUCUGACUGAAUAUUACGAAGACGCCGCCCGCAGAGAACUCAGCCUCUGCUAUGAGGAACCCUCGCUGGUGGUCAUCCAGUCCUGCCUGAUCUUGUGCGUCUACGAAGUUGGUGAAGGUGCCGAGCACCGUGGCUGGCUACGGCUCGCGCACGCUGCAAAGCUCGCCCAGCUGCUGCAGCUCCACAAGCAGGACACCGACCUUGGCCUCAUGGACUGGGGGCAGUCGAGAGUUUCCCGCUCCGCCACGGUGGAUGAGUGCAGGCGUCGGACAUUCUGGUGCUGCUUCAAUCUCGAGAGACUGCUUGCGAACGGCCGUGAAAGGCUCGUCACGUUUGUCCUAGAAGACAUCACGACACAGUUCCCGCAGAGCGAGGAGGAUUUCAUCUUCGGACGUCAAGUUCAUACCUGCAAGCUCAGAUGCCCCUUGCCAGGGUUAGAGCCAAGAUGCGACCACUCUCACGCAAUGGACUCCAUCACAACGCAUACAAUACGUGUUAUCGACAUUUUGUCCAAAGUAGUCAGCUGGAACGGGCGUGGAGGCAGGCAUGUCGAUGCGAGAUGCCCCUGGCUUCCAGAUAUGCCCUUCACCGUCCUCGAUUCUUCUCUCAACCGAUGGGCAGCCUCCGUGCCGCGGCACCUCAAACAUACACGCCAGAACACAUCUGCAGUGAUCGCAAUCGGCCAAGGACGGCCAUGGGCCAUGAUGUGGAUGGUGUACUAUCAAGCCAGGCUAUUUUUGCACAGGGAGUACUUGCCUUUCACGCCCAAGAAGGGAUACGACCCUCUUCAAGGGCCUUGCGAUGGACCACCACUACAUUUCCAUGACAAUGCGGUCGCGGCGGAAUUUUGGCGCCGCUCGGCCCUCGCCAUGAUCGAGAGUGCCAAUGCCAUCUCGGACUUGUAUCAGCUCAUGCGGUCACGAGACCUGUCAGCAUCCGCAUAUCCCACGCCUGGGUUUGGGCUUCUGGCCGCAGCCAGCAUCCACGUCCAGCUCUCACUGUUCGAUUGGGAAGCUGCGCAGCCCGUCAUGGCGCACAAGUCCGCCCGGGAAUAUCUGAAACAGGAUAUGGAGGGGCUCAAUGACCUUGGCCAGCGCUGGAGCCUGGCUGUUCACUGGAUUCGCCAGGUCUCCCUCUACUACAAGCUCAACUUCCUGACCAAACGCUCCUGGUCUGGCAGAAGCGGCCACUUCACGCCAACCACCAUGAGAGUGCAGGAGAUCAAGGACGGGAUCAUGAACUACGUGCGGCAGAUAAGCCCCGGCGACCGCGCGGCGCGGGACGUGCACCUGAAGCCUCGGUUCGACUUUGAUGGCUGGCUGUCUGUUCUUGAGACCUCCACUGGUGAGGACGAGGACAUGUUGCCGUCUGCUGCUACAGAAGGCAAUGGGGAAGACGAACCGCAGGAUCAAGCGGAGUCAGGGCCGAUGGUCGCUCCGGAUGGCGGCGGCGACGUGUACGAGGAGCCGGCACUCGGGGACAUUCACAUGGGUGGCUUUCAUACGCUCGACGGGCUCGCGGCGAUUACGUUGCCCGACGCGGACAUCGAGUGGAUGUUUGGCCACUGGAACCAGUGA